AAUUCAAUUUUGAUUUCUGUACUGCAGUUAUAUUAUAAAGUUACUUUGUUUGGUGUAAAACGCAUUUAAAUAAUUUAUAUUAGGCAUAUCACUUAUUAUAAGCAUUGGUAAUUAAUAUUAAACACAAUGCAAAGCGUAAUUAAUACGGUAAAAGGGACCGCUUUGGGCGUAGCGGGAUAUUUAACUCCGGUGCUGAAGGAAUCUAAAUUCCAUGAGACGGGUGUACUUACACCGGAAGAGUUCGUAGCAGCGGGUGACCACCUAGUGCACCACUGCCCGACAUGGCAGUGGGCGCGUGGAGAGGAGGGCAAGAUACGCCCCUAUUUGCCCUCCGACAAGCAGUUUCUUAUUACACGGAAUGUGCCAUGUUACAGACGGUGUAAACAGAUUGAAUACUGUGAGGACAAAGAGAAGGUGAUAGAGGAUGAGAAUGAUGAGGACGGAGGCUGGGUUGACACACACCAUUAUGACUCUACUGGCUCCCCCACAUUGGAAGAAAAGGUGUGUGAGAUGACGCUGGAGGCGGCGGAGGCGGGGGACAGCGGGGGCGAGGGGCAGGGCGAGGGCGGCGCGGGGGACGGGGAUGAUGAUGACGAUGAGGAUGGCGAGGCAGAGGACAUGGAGCAGUUCCAGGCCUCUGGAUUGCUGGAUGAAGUUGAUCCCUCGACAGAGCUGCGGGCGCGGCGCGAGAGCAAGGCGGUGGGGGCGGGGGCGGGGCAGGGGGCGGGCGCGGGGCGGCGCGCGGAGGGCGAGGGGGAGGGGGACGACAUAGUGCGCACGCGCACCUACGACCUGCACAUCACCUACGACAAGUACUACCAGACGCCGCGCCUCUGGCUCAUCGGGUACGACGAGGAGCGCCGGCUGCUGAGUGUGGAGCAGAUGUACGAGGACGUGUCGCAGGACCACGCCAAGAAGACCGUCACUAUGGAGGCUCACCCGCACCUCUCUGGACCCACUAUGGCUUCUGUGCACCCCUGCAGACACGCGGAGGUGAUGAAGAAGAUAAUAGAGACGGUGACGGAGAGCGGCGGCGCGAUGGCGGUGCACGCCUACCUCAUAGUGUUCCUGAAGUUCGUGCAGUCCGUCAUUCCCACCAUCGAGUACGACUUCACGCAGAACUUCGCCAUGAACUGACUGCGCCCCGCCCCCGCCCCCAGCCACGCCCCCCGCCCACACGCGCCACGCCCCCAAACACAGAGCUCGCAUUUUGUAACUUAUGUCAUUUAACUACACCCACUCAGUCGUUACAUACUUGAGAGUCCCUUAGUGAAGAUUUAUUGAAAGAAAUCUACACUAAGCAACUU